UUACGGUUAAUAUUUCCCAUGGCGCACGAAGUUGCCGGUCCGGUCCGAGGCAUGGAGUCCGUCGUGGCUUCGGUGAGUGGGUACCAUGGUGCGGAGCGCUUCGAUCUUAUUAAGCUGAUUCCUUCGUUGGGAGCUAGCUAUGUCGGAGCCAUGUCGAGCUCGACCACGCAUUUGGUUUGCAGAAGAUUUGAAGGGCAAAAAUAUGAUCUUGCCAGGAAGUUUAAGACGCAUGUGGUCAAUCACCGGUGGGUGGAAGAGUGCGUAAAGCAAGGAAAGCGUGUUCCGGAACAUCCCUAUACAUGGGAAUGUGGGGAGGAAGUGGGAUCAUUGCUGUUGCCAGUCCCAGUGAAUUCUAAGCCAUACAUCACAAGGAAGAAGCAUAAAGUACUUUCUGAUCGGUCGAACUUUGCUAGUGCAUCAACGAGACAAAUAGCUGAUUCAGCUUUUAAAGAUAAUAGAAGUGAUAUUUGGACUGACUCUCAUUUGUUGAAGGAGUGUCCAGAGCUGAAUCGGUCAUCUAGAAGGUUGUGGAGAGGAAAAAGACUCAUUACCCCGCAUGAAGAGUCACAUCUUAGUCCAUCUAUGUGUUUUGGGAGAAGAGAAAUGAAGUCAUUCAGUGGCAUGGAGAUUCUUCUUAUGUUGAAUCUUCUAAAAGGGGUAAAUAUGGUAAAAAGGAAUGCUAAAAGAGAGACUUUGAAGUUAAAUGCCUCAGAUUCGGACCAGGAAUGCUAUGUGGUUGGUGGUGAUGACAAAUACGGGGACAUAACAUCUCCAUCUGAACAGUUGAAUGGUAAGUUUGUCAGUACCAGAAAGGGAGGGACCCAAAAUGGACCCUAUGGGCGUGAGGGAGCAAUAAAUGGAAUUAUUGAAGAUGUUGAUGAGAUUGAAGAUUGUAAUCACGAUCACCAGCCUUCUCCUGAGGAUUCAAUUCGAAAUGAUUUACCGGAUUCCCUAGAAAGAGUUUCAAAAGAUGAACCAAAUGCAGAGAAGUCAAGUAUUGAGAUCGAUGAUGUGGGGCAGACUGAUUAUGUUAACAGUUUAUCAUCAUCAGUGGAGUUAUCAUGCGUUAUAUGUUGGACGGAGUACAGCUCAACCAGAGGGAUACUACCAUGUGGACAUAGAUUUUGUUAUUCGUGCAUUCGGAAUUGGUAUGACCAUAUGGUACUUGAAAGAAAAAAGACUUCAACUUGUCCCCUGUGUAAGACGAGUUUUGUUAGCAUCACAAAGGUGGAAGAUUCUUCUGGGUCACAGCAAAAAAUAUACUCCCAGACCAUUCCGCAUGACCAAUCAACUAGCGAAGUCUAUGUUGUGACUGAUCAAGGGAGAAUGAGUUCCAGAGCUGAGGUACAUUCUAACUGUCUUACUUUGUCCAGUUUCUGCAUAUUCAUUUGACAGUUAUUGACGCUCCUCCAUAGGUACAUGUUUCACAUUUUUUGGUCCGUAAUGAGAGUACCGUCGGUUCCUUGGGGUCAUUUUACAGGACAUAUUUUUGCUGCUCCAAAAGGAAAAGAAAAAAGAAGGAAAUGAAGGAUGGGUGCUAGUAUGUCAAGGCUUAUCUAUUAGUAAUAAUGAAUAUGAGGUUAGAGAAUGAGUUUUUUCGUAGAUGUUUAAUGCGGGAGAAUAAAUCAGGUCACACUACUGUUGCAUGCAUGGAACGUUAGAACACAAUGCUGUUGAAUUUUGGAAAUGUUUAAUACCAUUUGCUGAU